CUGAUACUAGCUGGGAACAGUUGGUUCAGUCUGAUUAAGUUCUUGGAGGGCCUUCUUAUGCACAUUAGUUUGUACAUGUAGGGUACUCCCUCGAUUAGGUGCUGGUUUCUACAUUGUUAAGUUGUAAGGUUUAUUAUUGAGAGGAAACUGUUGCUGCGUGAUGAACAUGCGCCGGAUGAAGCUAUGUGUUACUACCUUGUCUGAAGUCGAUUUCAAUUUUUUACUGUCGGGUUAUAGCGAGCUGGCAAAAUCUUCUUGGGACAUAUCCAAAUUUGCAACGGUAGCAUUAGUUGACAUGGAUUCUGAGGAGAUUCAGGUGUAUGUUGACUAUUUUGAUAUCACGUUGGUCCCAGCAAUCAUUUUUUUCUUCAACGCUCAUCACAUGAAAAUGGAUUCAGGGACACCUGAUCAUACAAAAUGGAUAGGCUCUUUCAGCAGCAAGCAAGACUUCAUUGAUGUAGUCGAGGCAGUGUUCAGGGGCGCGAUGAAAGGCAAACUGAUAGUGUCUUGCCCACUUCCACCAGAGAGGAUACCCAGAUUCCAGCUUCUUUUCAAGGAUGUGUAAUCACAAGAAGCACACAUUCUCAACAUAUGUAAUGGUCUUUUAGAUAAUGGAAGAGUUUCAUCCCCCCAUCCUCUGCAUACUUAUCCACGCAGCCAGACCUAAAGAAUAAACUGUUCAUGGUAAGCUAAAAAGGGUAUACUUGAGCCAGGUUCGUGCUAGCUGGUGCAUUCCUUUUUCCGUUUUUCUGCAACAUGAAUGAUCACAAGAGAUGGACUGCAGGCGGUGCUUGUUGAUGAACAAUCAAGAGUUGGCGUUUGCACUGGUUUGCAUCAACUAUGUUUCUCUAUGUUAUUUUUAUAGCAUAAUAAUACAGCAAUUGGUGUUUUGCCCUCUCUAGUCUGUUAGUUUGGUACAAGCCUGAUUAUAUUUUGUUUGUGAAGUGAUACUAUCAAUUAUCACAAUUGACAUGUGCAUGGCAUUCUCCCUA